AUGUCGGACUGUCUGUCGUACGUGAUGGCCGGGAGCGGCGGCGGCGCGUCGAAGCCAGACGCCGGGUGUUGUCCGGAGCUCGCCGGACUGGUGGAGAGUUCGCCGCAGUGCCUGUGCUAUCUCCUCGGCGGAAACACGGCGGAGCAGUACGGAAUAAAGAUCGACAUGGCUAAGGCCCUGAAGCUCCCGUCGGUCUGCGGCGUCGUCACUCCGCCUCCGUCGCUGUGUUCAUUGUUUGGAGUUCCAGUUGCAGCUCCCACCACAAGCGAAGCUCCUUCGUCCAAUGAGAAUAUCGCACCAACCAUCUCCCCGGGUGUUGAGCCGCCACAAGGGUUUGCGGCCAGCCCUGCCGCGGCCGGAGACAGCAAAAGCGAUGCGACAACAGUUUCUACUUUCAAGUAUCUUCCGAGUUUAACGACAUUUGCCUUAAUUUCCGCAAUUUAUCUUUAUAUUUGAUUCAUAAUAAUUCAAAAAAAAAUUGAUUUCUUUCCAUAUAUUUUCAUCUUCUAAGAGCAUUUUUCAAACUUAUAUAUAUCCAUAAAUAAUCUGUAGGAACGUUGUGUUGACGUGAUUUUGUUAUGUCGUGUAAUGUUUAAAUUUUUAUUUUUAUUUUGUAAUCUUUGGACAUCUAUAGCCCUCAUCUUAUUGAAUAAAACCAUUGUGUUUGCUUCCUGCGUAUUAA